AAAUUGUUGAGUUUUAUUUAAUUUCGAUGAUUUUCUGCUGAAUUAUUCGAUCAUUCCUAUGACAUCUAUGUAUGUAUGUGUUCUUGGUGUCCGCUUUUGUUAUCGGUAGCAUGGACUGUCAUCUCCAGAAUUGAAGAGGGAGAAGCAAUGGAUCUGCCGAUCAAGCUAGAAGUCAAAGUCGAGAACUGCGAGGAAGGUGCCAUCGACGAGGAUGAGGCCACGCCGCUCCGGCAAUGUACAGGCGAUUCCCCACCGCACGCAUUUGCGACCGAAGUUCCGAUGUCCGGAUCGGGUUGGGACAGUGAUCCGGGGGAUGGUGGCCCACGUUCGGCGCCUCCGACUCCGGGCGCCCACCUGGAAAACAACCUGGAUGCCGUCGAGCCAAAGGAAGAGCCAAAGAUUAAAGAGGAUGUUGAACAAAUGCUGGAAGACAUGCUGAACGACCCUUUUGAUAUUGAGACCCCCGCGCCCGCUUAUGUAUUGCCCAGUAUAAAAUUACAGUUGGCUGAGCAGAGCAGUUGUAACCGCGAUGGACUUCCCAGCGAUUUUAGGAACCGAAAUAGCCUGGACGACAUGGACUUGUGCACUCUGGAUGUAUCCAAGGACCUGAUCCCAGACAAUCCACAAGAAGCACAGCAACCUGGCAAGUCCGAUGGAGGUGAGGGUUCAGAUAAUGCUAAAGAUCUUGUAGCCCGGAAAAGAGAGAUCCUAAAGGAGUUAGGAAGCGAGAACGGAAAGCAAAAGAAGAAGAAAAAGAAGCACAAGAAGGAUCGGUCCCAUCGCUCGAGACGGGAUAAGGAGGGGUCCAAAAAGCGAAAGCGUAGCGCCAGUACGCAGGACGAGAGCCCGGAGCAGCGAUGUUCUGGUGAACACAGCCAUCGUAGUCGCAGGCAUCGGGUCAAAACCGAAAACCCGGAUGAGCUGGAAUGUGUUCCAGUGCGCGCCGAUGAAAGGCAUAUCCGCGUGGUAGAAGUCUCCAAUCUCUACGAGCGUCAGCCACAGCAGGCUGAGCUGAAUACUGAGAAUCUCUCAAAGGCAGACAAGCGUAAUCUGGCAGUGGCCCGGGCUGAAUUGGUGCUGGAAAUGUUCCAGAAGAGGGCCAACAAAGAGAAGGUCGACGAAUACCACAUGGUGGACACCGUGUGCAAGCUGCCCAUCAACGAAUCCUUCCGGAACCAAGACUGCUUCGAGAAUCCCUCCCCCCUUUGCAACAACAUGAAUGUGGUCUACGAGUUCAACUCCACGCCCGGAACCAAGAUCGAUUUGGCCAAAUGGGGCCUGGAAGUAGUGCCCCGGGCCACCAGCGAGCUGCUCCGCCUCCUGGGCAUCGAUGUGGCGCGCCUAAAGCAGAUCCAGAGCACGGCCAAGCCAUCGCAACGAAUACUUAAGCUGAAGCAGGAGCAGCUCGAGCAGGGUCUGGGGCCGGAUGUGGAAGCGGACACGGCCACGCUCUACAAAAAUGCAGCGACCCAAACGGAGCGCAUGACCGCCACCCACGAUGCGGGCACCCAGGUUCGCUUGCAAAGCCUAUUCAAAGGAGCCUUCUGGCAGGAUCCCAACUUUGACCAAAUGGACUUGACGCAGCAGCAAUCGAACGUAAUGUACUCCCUGCAGGCGCUCAGCAAGAGCCUGCCGGAUGCCACCUUGGCCAUGAAACUCUACAGGGCCUUGGAACCGGCUGUGGCCAUUAAACGCGCGGCUGAACGUCAAAAGACUUCCUUUAAUUGA